GACGAAUCGACGAUGCCACAGCGAACCAGGUCACCACGUGGAAUCGAUGUGAAGUGUCCGUCAACUGCUGGCCACUUGAAAGGAUUUUUCGAAGCUCUUCUUCACCAUAAUCGGCAUUUUACCGUUCGUUUUUUCUUCCGUUGGAAUCUGACACAGGAUCCCCUUUUCCUCCUUUUCCGUAGAUUUUGUCCAUUAGUUCGGUAGACUAGCAUUGAACCCGAAGCGACUAAGCCAAUUUUGGUCGUGUAGGCGAGUUUGCCGGUGCAGGGCAUGCGCUUCCCUGUUGCGUAAAAGCCAGUUGUCUACCUCUCUUCACAUUUAGACCUUGCGGUUCCUGUGUCGUCUGACCGUUUGAUGGGCUUUCUUGUCGUUGUCCGGUUGGCCUCCAGCAAGUCUGGCGCUACAGGACCUUUUCGCGAAAGGAAGGGAUGAGCUGGACCUAGUCAGCUCGACACGUUUUCUUACCAGUGCGCGACUCAUGAUGUGUUAAAUGGCGACAGAACAUUGUACAGAAGCGGGAACAGAGCUGCAUAUUUUCAGUCCAAUUUGCCUCCAUGUCACUCUCGCCGGCCGAUGCCGUGGACCCCAUGAGUAGGGGUGGUACACCGGGGGACUCUUCAUGUAUUCUUUAGGUUUGAUGAACCAGCGUCGAUGAGCCUGACUCAUUUGCAUCGAAUUCACUUCCUUUCGAGCUUCUUUAGAAGAGACGUAUUUCUCUCAGUGCUGUGUUGUUGAAGAUCAUGGCGGACCUUAGCAUGUUCAGCUCUUCGCCGCCGGUGUCUCUCGAGGAGUUAAUGGAGAGUUGUCACUCAUUACAGAGCACGUGGUGCAUCGGCGUCGUCCUUUGUUUGUUAUCCUCUUUUGCUGGCGCUCUCGGGGACAAUAUCGUCCGCUUGUCAUUCUUGAAGGAAAGAGGUCGUAGUGUGUACUGUUCCACUCGGUCUCUCCACCAACGUCCUCUGUGGCUCAUUGGAACCCUUCUGACCGUUAUCGUAAACCCUGUCUUGACACUUCUGGCGCUCAAGUUGGCGGCUGCGUCAAUUGUCCUGCCGUUUGCUGGAAUGCACAUCUUCUGGAACGUCAUUUUGGUUGGCUACUUGUUAAGAGAGGAACUCCUCGGAGUCGACAUCAUCGGCUCAUUGUGCAUUAUCUUCGGUAUCGUGGUUGUCAUUGCGUAUGGCGCACACCAACUUCCUUCCUAUACUCUAGCGUCGCUUACUGGUAUGGCGUCGCAUUCUGCAUUUACCGUCUACUUGUUGGUCAGCUCCCUCGUCGUCAUUUGUUUCAUGUUCGCCAUCGCCACUCCGGUGCACAGAGGAUUGGCUUGGCUUUUUAUGGCCUCCCGUGUCCAAGACUGCGUGACAGGAGGUCUACUCUCCGGCAGCAGCUUCGUAUCAGCCCAGCGAGGGACUGAUUCAGCUAGGCUGUCGCCGGGGCUCUCUGCCCAGGGGCUUACUCGGCCACCUUUGUGGCUGCAGCGCCUGAGUGUGUCCGCUCUGAGUGGCAUUUUUGGCGGACUUGGGAACUUAAGCGCUAAAGCCGCGAUCGAGGUCGUCAGCUCGGAAGGCUUUGCGAUGUGUAUUCGAACGUGGGGGUUCUACGUGUGUUGCACGUCAACACUGGUUCUGUGCGGACUACAGCUCGUCUACUUGAAUCUUGCCCUCUCUCGGUACGAGGCGAAAUACGUGGUUCCCAUGGUCAAUGCAACCUUAAUUGCGAGCGGUUCCGUGGGAGGUAUUCUACUAUUCCAAGAGUACGCUCACAUGUCGUUAAGCAGCAUAGCUGCAUUUUCGUGCGGCGCCUGCUUAGUAGUGUUAGGGAUCAUCAUCUUAGCGAUGUCAUCCUCAAAAGCCGCCUCCAAAGCGUCUCCUCCUGAGUUCAUGGCUCAAAGAAUGCUCGAUCUUGACGCGACAGAUGACGAGAGGAGAGGCUUGAACUGUGAGCCGUCAUUUCCUAAAUCACGGAUGUGCAUGAGAUUGUAACUACAGAUCGCGGAGCUUCCGGUGAUUAGCCGCGUCCAAUAUGGCCAACUCGGCUGCAGCAUAGGCCGAGAUAAAGGGGCGAAUAGUGUGCAAAUCCUGUUUGUCCGUUGUACGUAUGAAACAGAUGACUUCUCCCCCUUUCAGAAAUGCAGCAGUAUGCCCUCAUGCUCAACGCCAGUGCCCCGUUGACAGCACUGGGGUAGUCGAAGUGACGUAGGCGUUUGGUUUGUUUAGGAGUGUUCGAUGAAAUUCGCGUCCCUGCCAGCAUCUUUAACGCCGUGUGGCCGCCAUGGCUCAGGUAUUUUAAGAACGUAUCGUUAAAUUAUUGCUUCUCCAGGGCAAACACCUUUAAGAAGCCGUGUAUAACUCAUGGAGAUCGGAAUAAAAGGCAUGUUGCCUCUAUUGGGAGAACCGGCUCAGUAUGUGGUGAAAUCAACACAACAGGUCUACGUUUCCCUGGUAUUCCUCAGGUUCCGGCACUGCUUUUGUUGUGGUUGGCAAACAAGUCGUGCCUCGUUUAACUGCAUCACGCCCCCUGACAGGAAGUUAACGUAUUAAGGACUGACCAGCGGGUGAAGCCGGACUGAGAUCAACGCUCGAGUACGGUGCUACAUCCUUGUGUAUUUAGUGCAACUUCGAGACCAACUUGGACCGGUCCUCUACGGGAUCAGUCAGUGGGAGUAGAUCCCGGAAAGAGCAUUUAGUUGCACAGUCUCACUCGUUUAACAUUGUUGGGUCGUAUAAAUAUGGCGCAAUACUGACGUGAGAGACAUGGUGGACCGACCACCGUGUCUUGAUGGUAUUGGCACAAUGUCUGCCUAUGUUUUCUGAAGGAAGUAACAGUGAGCAACCGAGUGGAUGACGCAGGAUACGCUAUUGGCGCAUCACUGGAGGCGCACGACUUGCCGUAGCAGAAGACCUUCAAAUGCAAUUUUGCACCUUUCCCUGAGUGAGCACAUGAACCACGUCAGAACUGAUAACAUAGAAGCAGUGCAAUGCUCUGAAUACGUUCGUACGGAGGGACAAGCAGUACCAGCGGAAGCAGGGGAGAUGCGCUUCCUUGAAAGCCUCACAGAGGAACUACCCUGCCGGUUACAUGCUUAAGCUAUACCACCGAGCAAAAGCAAAAAUGUUCGAUUCAAACAUGCGCUGGAACCACUAUAUCUUAUGCACUCCUGAGGAUCAUGCACAAUGCAUUAUGACUCAAAACCGGGUAAAAGGCUUUCAAGUUAUAUAAGAAAUGUAAAAGAAAGAACAGGAAGAACUUGGGUGUUCUUGUAACAGUGUCCAGAAUAUGCACGCAACUGAAACCCUUCGUAGAUACGUGGCGCGACACUCGUGAACUCUGCAAGGGAAGAUGUGCUCGGAUAUCGAGAGGUCAGUCGUGACACGCAAGAUUUCAAUGGAGUUGGUUCUACGAGACAGCCGGUGAACGUCACACCGACUACAAAACGUCUGGUUGUGCACGGUCCAACAAGUGCCAUGCAGUCUCUAGCUUCCGUGACCACACCCUAAACCUUGCGAACACAUUGUAUUUCAAUUCACCGGUCUCCGCGACAUUACGUAACAUGGGUCGUGAUGCUGAGAAGAGCAAGGGUGACACAUGAGAGAGAAUGCAAAGGAACAAGUUUCUACGAAGAACUAACGAAACGGUAGCAAAGUGUCUCGACACCCUGGGCCCCGGCGAAAGCGGGCGUCUCGCCGCACCAUGCACCCUCCACGGACAACUCGUUCUUAAAAGCAUACCUACAACAAAACGAAGUGUCUAAUCCACUCUCAUGAGUUCAGGAAACGGGUAUAUUAAGACCUACAGGUAUGUCAGGUUUGCUGUACAGCAAAUUCGUAAGACUUUCAUGUCGAGGAUGAGCGUGGUCAGAACGCCGCAGCCACUCAAAGACAAAAAACAGCUAAAAUACACUUUACCCGCGCGCCGUUUCAAGCUGAGAUGUCUGUUUCCUGUUCACGCAGUUCGUCUGGAAUUUCAUGAACUCGUUCGCUGCAUUCACUGUCUUUCUCGGGUUUUCACUCGAUGUUCGAAGACGUUGCGUCGGCUGUCCCUUCGAUUGUGAGGCGGCAAGACGCGAGCGUCUUGUUAUGAAUCGUCAGCCCUGCAGGUCUUUCGCGUCGGAGUUACCCUGGCCCGGGGACGCAGUUUUGUCCCCGUCUUUUCAAGAGAAUAUCUAUUUUCGGA